AACGGUUGGAGAUUUCAAUGAUUCUAGAUUCACUGCAGGCGCCUUCUUCCGUUCAUUAGGUGUCUUCUUUGGAGUGUUUAUUGGUUCCUUUGCUAUUGGUGCUCUUCUAGGCUGCUUGACUGCUCUUCUAACUAAAUUUACCAAGGUGCGGGAGUUCCCUCUGCUUGAGACCGCCCUCUUUUUUAUCAUGUCUUACAGUUCGUACCUGAUGGCAGAAGCAGCACAGUUAACAGGAAUUGUUGCAAUCUUAUUCUGUGGAGUAACACAAGCGCAUUACACAUAUAAUAAUUUAUCGGAUGAAUCAAAAAGGAGAACCAAAGAGCUAUUUGAGUUGUUAAAUUUUCUAGCUGAGAAUUUCAUCUUUUCCUACAUGGGAAUUUCCAUGUUCAACAGAAAUAAUCAACAAUUUGAGUUGUUUUUUGUCCUAGCAGCUUUUCUUGCCAUCAUUUUGGGACGCUUGUGUAAUAUUUACCCGUUGUCAUUUUUACUGAAUUUGGGACGAAAACAAAAGAUAGGGAUGAACAUCCAACAUAUGCUAAUGUUCUCAGGUUUACGUGGUGCCAUUGCAUUUGCACUUGCAAUAAGAAACACAGCUUCUGAGAGCAGGCAACUGAUGUUGAAUGCUACCCUUAUCAUUGUCUUAGUAACGGUUGUCUUCUGCGGGGGACUGAGUACGCAAAUGUUAGCAUGGUUAAAAAUAAGAGUUGGUGUUGAGGAUGAAGAUGACCAACAAACACACCACACUAUGGACUCUGGUACGCUAGAACAUCAACUGCAUCGCCAGAGACAGAAAGAGAAGCAAGCAAAAAUUGUCUCCUUGUGGUAUGAAUUUGACUUCAAGAUGAAAUGAUUGUGGAAGACAGUGACACAGAUUUCAUUUUAUCAGAAGAUGAUCUUGUUCCAAACAAUUCUGAGAACUCUAAUAAUCCAGGUGUUUUAGACACCAUGUCAGAGGAUGAAGCAGCACUUGACGGUGAUCUUGGCCUUGGAGCAACUAAACUACAAGGAAUGCCGCCAAUGCCAAGUCAACAGACCAUCAUUUAAGAUGAUUUUACCAAUUCCAGAUUUCUCUGAAGGGGACUUUGCUUGCGAAUGUGCAUUUUGUAUGAAUCAUGGUUAUUUUGUAUUACUAUCCCUCAUAAAUAUUAAUUUGGUAUUUUCAAUUCAAUUCUUCUUGUAUUCACCAUCAAAUCAAUUUACAAAUGAAUCUUUUAAAAUGUUAAAUAGUGGAUAAAAGAUGAAAAGGACCUUCAUGAAACCUAUAAAAUGAAGACCUAGAUGUAGUAAAUUGAUUAAGUGAAAAAAAAAACUCCCGGAACUCGCAGGAGUCUCCUGGAAAUCUGGACGGCCUUCCACACUCUCACAAACAAGCAAGAAUCUCCCGGAAGUUAACCCAUAUCCCACAAAUUCAUAUGUGCACGUUUUCACUGCUUUAUUAUCAAUUGUCUCAUGGAAGUCAUUGCCAAUGUGUAUCACAAUGUGCAGCAAAAUAUAAUUAAAUGUUACGAAAGCUAAUUAGGCAGAUCAGUGCCGGAUUCAAGAGGGAAGCCCCCCCGCCCACUAAAUUUAUCAAAAUUUAGAAAAUGGAGAGAAAAGAUAAUCAUAUUCAAAUUUAAGUCUGAGAGUGCCAUUUCUGACCAUCUACAGUAGACGUGCCAUAAUCAUAAAUUUUCUUACAUCAGCCUCAACCAUGGUGGGGCUGAGGUGGUAUACGCUGGACACCUGUGAAGCCACUCUCUGAACCCCCCUCCGAGGGCGUCCAAGUUCUCCGCCGAGGGGGCGAUGACCCCGAUAGGAGCAAAGUGGGUGUAGUCGGGAAUUUCUAAAGAUAUAUCGAAGUGGUCCAGGGGCUGAAACCCAUAAAAGGCUUAUUUAAUUGAUUUUAGAGUACCAAUAUGUAGAAAACACAGUACCUGUACAUGUAAAUUUUUGGGGGUGUGGGGGGGCGAGAGCUCUCCUCUACUGGGGCCCUGCCUCCACACCCCCCUCCCCCUCCCCCCACUAAUGGCAACCUUGCUCCCAGAAUUGACUUCUUCCAACUUGGGACCCCUGCAUUUCACAAGUACACAAGAAAAAUACAACCUAACCUAACAUUAAAAAUCUAAAGAAUUAUUUAAAAAGCAAGCAAACCAAUGACCAAGGUCAAAUUUCAACAGGGUGUUGGGGGAAGUGGGGGUGAGGAAUAAUAUUUCCAGGACAACUGAUCUUGUUGAUAUGUAUAACGAUAUUUUAUUGGUCAUUUCCACCUGGUAAGGGGUGCUGUACUUUUUACUACUUCCCUGCACAUGCCAAAUUUACUUGUACUCAGGGGAAAAGUACUACCAUAAAUCGACUAGUGCACCACUGCAUAAUUUUACCUUCACAGAUCAAAAUGGCUAAUGCAGAUGAGCAGUUUGCUGUUUAAUAUUUAUGAUGUAUAGUUAAAAACAAAUACAACAUGGCUUUAUUUGGCAAAAGUGUGAAUUCUGAUUAAGAUUGGGUAGUCUCAAUCAUCCAAAACCUCGGGAAGUAUAACUUGAUACACCUCAUGUUGUAUUUGCCCUUCAAGCCAUGUUGUAUUUCUCAGAUGAUUCGUCUCAGUGGUACAAAGCCUCCAAGAGUUCCAUUUUGAUGAAAUAUUUUAUGCCUAUGGAUAAACUUAAAUCAGCUUAUUGUAUAAGAUUGUAGAAUUAUUGUCUGCACAUUCCCUUCUCAGUGGCAUUUGAGAUUUAAUAUUCAGCGAUUUUUAUCGUACUUGUACUUAUAGUUAUUGUAUUCAAAUAUAAAAUAUGCAUACUUAAGCAACAAAAAAUGUAAAUUUUUGAUUUUUUUUUUUUUUUGGUGGAAUGAUUGGUUGCCAUGUCAACACGAAGCUGAGAAACAUCCAUAAAUUGAUGCCAGUUUAAACAUAUCAAUACCAGAAUUAUACAAGGAAUGAAUUUCUAUGUAUAUGCAUGAUCAAAAACAUUUGAAGUAUCUGUAGACUCACUAACUUUGACUGUAAUUUUUACCUGGUUUUGGUUGGUAGUAUAUUUUACCAUUGUUCCAUAUAAGAUAUGGUUUAAGCUUUCUUUAAAUCUAAGUUAACACAUUGUGAAUAUCAUAAAACAAACCCCUGUUAUGUCAAUAAUCGCUGUUGCACGCUUUUCUUGUUUAAGUUAUAAUAACGUGCUAAAUAGCACCCUACAUUGUCCUUUCAAACUUAACACUGUAGUGUGAUGUGUUUUUCUGUACUUAUCUACUGACAACCAUUAAUAUAAAAUGCUGAUGAUGUAAAGUACUGUACUAUAUUUGUGUGGUGUUACAAACGGUACUACAGACUAGAUAGAAUUGUUUCAAGGUAAUAAUGUAAGUUUAUUAUAUAUAAGACUAUUAAAAAAUAUCACAAAUACUUCCUUUUUUUUUUUACAUUUCCAUGCGCUAGACUCAGGGUUGGCGACAGGAUUUUCCCGAUUAAAGUGUAAGUGGGUUGGUAGGGUGUUGCUCAAAAACUCUUGGAAAGUGAACCCCCAGAAACUAUGGCAAUUUAAGGGUUUCAAAGGCUCAUUUAAUCGAUUUUAUUAGAGUCUACUCGAGAAUGUGUCAGUCGAGCGAUACAAGUUGUUUGUAGACUUGUGAGAUAUUGCGCUAUUUAUCAACGUAAGUGAAUGAGAAUAUAUGUUUAUGUGGGCAAUGGCCACAUGAUUACAUUUAACUAUAUUCUAUAAUAAUACAUGAAUAUUAGACAAAGAAACUCAGAAUGACGUGAUACAGAAAAUCUAUUGUUAAUCGGAAAAACAAUAAAUGUAUUAGUAAUUUGAGCUUAACAGCUGGCUCGCUGGACAAACCCUGAUAAUUGCACUCACAUAUGCUACCAGUGUUCCAUACUCGUCUGGCUGAAGUAACAUUGCAUGUACCAGACUUUUCCGUUAAUGCUCUCUUGGAUAAUAUUGUUAAGGUCUCACAAAACGACAGUGUUAAAACAUACGGUACUUAAAUUUUGUGGGACAAGUGUGCUUGUUAGGCACACGCGUAUUACUGACUUUUCAGAUUGGUAGGUUGUUGAGGGUUUAGUUUGACACACUAGAAAGGUCUGUGUCAGGCUGAAAGCCAUCAACCAAAAAGCAAUGUAAUUUGUGAUGUUUACUCUUGUUCUAAUGUAAAAAAAAAAAAA